CUGCCCUCUACAGUCCGACAUUCAGUAGGAGGCGUUCGUUUCAUAUUACGACCCUGGGCUGAUCCAGAGCGAAACAAAAACAUGUUGAAGUGCGUGAGGCCGUACCGUUAACUAGCGACAUUCACCCGCAGUCACCUCGGGCAGUCGUCGAUUUGACCCGACUGCUAUAUGAUUCCCAUCGUGUCACCGGCCGAAAACCCAGAACGAUGCCGCAGAAAGCACUGGGAUCCAUUGUAGCCCUGCUUUGUACCGGGGCUUGUCUGGUGCAGGCAAAGGAGUUCUGUUUUGACGUAAAUAAUGAACAAUACCGCUGUGAGAUGGGAUACUGCUGUGGAGAAACAGAAUGCUGCACCUACUACUAUGAGCUGUGGUGGUUCUGGUUAGUAUGGACCCUGAUCAUCAUGCUAAGUUGCUGCUGUGCUUACCGACACCGGAGGGUUAAGAUGCGCCUGCAGCAGGAGCAACGUCAACGUGAGAUCAGCCUCAUGGCCUACCAAGGAGCCUCUAGCUCCUUCAUUACUCCGCCACCACUUAAUUUAAGAUUCUGGAACGACUGCAAACUUCCCGACUAUGAAGAGGUGAUUGGCCACCCGCCGACUCCUCCCCCUCCCUACUCUGAAAACCCUCCUGAAACUACUCCAGCACUGCCUCCGCAACUGCAUCGGCCAGAUGCUGCCUCAGGGCCACCACCUCCGGCUGAGGCCGACCUGAGUGGUCAGGCUUCAGGUUCUUCUCCGACACAACAAGAAACUGUAUCAGUGUCGGUUCAAGUAGAGGACAACGUGCAGGUGGCGCUGAUGGCGGCGGCGGAAGAGGACGAGGACGAAGAGCUAAUUACUCGACGUCGACACGUGACCGGCGACUCAGGGAUUGAGGUGUGCGUUUGCCGUCUGGAUGUAGACGAGGGCUCAGGGCUCGAAGAGGAAAGCGAUGAAGAACACAGGAUGUGCAAGGUCAGCGGGGGCGAAUGUUGCUCCGACCGCCAGCAGCAGACCUUCAGACAGAAGGAGCACAGCCCUGAGCUGGCCGGUCAGACCGCCAGCACCAGCGGAGACCACAUGGUGUGACCGAGGCCCUAACCAAGCAGCCAGUCGUAUAACGUAGCUGUUGCCUUCGUCACCAUGUGUUCGAACCCCUUGAACUAACAUAUAGGUGUGAUGUGUCACUGAUCAUGGUGGCUAAUCUAAACAAAUAAACAAACAAAUCCUGUGGACAAAGUCAUUGCUCGAUGUAUUUUGGCUUUAAUAAUUCACCGUGAGGAAACCAGCCAGCGUGCGCUUUUUGAUCAAGAGAGGAAGAAGGCAGCAUUUGAAUGUGACUCUUAUCAGAAAUGACUCUUUCUCUUGCCCCUCCUGCGUCUCUGAGCAUUGAUGCCUUGCUUCCAUCUCCGCCUCGUCUCUUUGGUCAGAACUCCGCAGCUGCCAGAUGAGCCGUGGGGAUCGUCCUUUUCUCCCUUCGUCUGAUUGCCACCGAGCAGACGAGUCAAAGGUAAACUUCUCAAUAAGUUACGACGAAACUGGAUGAACUACGGAAGAGCUUGAUUUACUACCCCCCCCCCCCACCCACCCCCCCCACGGGCAUCUGUGUGUGAAAGUUUUUGUGUGCUUGUGAAAUUUAGGGCACAGCUGCACAGUGAUGUCAAUGCUGAGCUCGUGGCAACCAUUGUCCUGGGCUCCUUUUGCUCAAUAGGAAGUUGUGCAUUUGUAUGGAGGUGGGGGGGGGGGGGGUUAUUGGGGGGUGGGCAGGGCACUAAUAAUGUAACGAAAGCAGGGAUAGGUAAAUGAUGAUGAUUUUUGUUUGUUUUCAUUUUUGUUUGAACCAAUGUAACGCCCCCGCCAGCACUUUGUUUCUUUGAGCUUGGACUGUCGCCACCGGUCGGCGUCAGGACCUGAGUUAAUGAGUGAUCAGCUUUAAUCAUUUAUUGGUUGUGUGCACGUGAUCUUCCCGUCUUGAUGACUCACUCUAUAACUGCGAAUGAUCAUAGUUUCCAACAGGGUUAUACCACCGUGUGUUUCUAAUCAUUAAACGCCUCCUGGAGGCCAUGUUUGCAACAUGUCAGUGUAUUUCUUCAUAUAUGGCUCGGCUGAAAUGAGGAAGAAUGUAUUUUUUUUUUCUUCUGUUCUGCAUUUUGUGACCAGAUGUUCUUCAGUAACUACAACAAAGCUCCUGACGCGGAGCCGCGAGAGUGUGUGCUGUUUUGUGUGUCUUGUUGCAGUAGGAAAUAUUUUGUGUGUGUGUGUGUGUGUGUGGUGCUGCUGUAACUCAGUACUAUAGUACAGUACCAAGCACCAUGUUGGAUUAACAGUUAAAGCACAGUUGUUUUUGCAUGAGGCCUGUAAGUCUGUAUUCAUGUUUGCGUUCGCUUACGCAACUCCUACUAACGAUCUGUGUUGAAACGAUGGGUGGAUUAGAACAGCGGCUGCGUCACUGCUCACGCACAGACUGUAGAGCGAAGACGGGGCAACAGAGUUUUAGCCUCAAUGUGUUGUUGCUGCCCCAGUGUCUGAAAUAGCCGUAGCCGUUAGCUGUAGCUGUCACGGAACUGCUCACAGAUAUGUUUCCCACUUGGCAGCGACAGACAGAUGCAUUUAAAAAUGGAGCUGGGCGUGGGCCCUGUCCUCCAGACCUGUCAGUGACGGCACAGCUGCUGCUGAGUCUUUUGUCGCAAUUUGCUCGAGUGCAGUGACAUUGAGAGUGUAUUUAGAACUCUGGACUUGGACUUGGACUGUGUGGACUUUGUCUCCCUUGUCUUAUACAUUUCGGAUGGAUGUGAAGAAGCAGGGCAGAGUAAUGGAGCCCAGAGCAGUUGACAGGAAUCUGAGAUGGUGGUUAGAUGGGUCAGAGCCUGAUUGGUCGAUGCCAAGUAGAAACAUUCACUCUCUGUUGGUGACAUUUUAUUGACAUUGUAGCUGAUUUUUUUUUUUUUUGUAUGAGUUCAGUUAGUAAAAGUUGAUUCCUGCUCACAUUUCCUGCCUGCUCAGCUGUGUCAGUGCGACCCACGUGGGUUCCAUAUCAUGUGGUCAAACCAUUUCCUCUAACGACUGAAUGACAUUUAAACUCUCAGUUCUGCUGCAGUCUGUUUGUGCAAGCAGCCAUUUUAAAGAGCCAAGGACGGCCUUGAUGCCAAAAUUAAAAUUUUGUAUAUUUAUUUGAUUUAUGUAGACAUUGAUGUUACAUAUGGGUCUUUGUUCAUAGGAAUGAUUGUACCAAAACAAGUGCAUGAUUUUGGGACCCGUGUUGUAGAGUGGAGCGUUAGAGAUGGUUUUGUUCAGACUCCAGGGGGAAAAAAAGCGUGUUUUGUUUUGUUUUUUUGCUAUUUCUGCUUUACUGUGGUGGUUCAAACUGUGGUUAACAACGAAAGGGCUGGAGCCUGAAGUACCUGAAUAUAGAGUAGAUGUCAGAGUCCUCCUGUGUAGACCCAGUUCCUGUGGUCGGCUGUAGGUGGUUCAUAGUCACACAGCAGUGACAGCGGUCAGUUAAACCACCAACACGACGGCACACGGAUCAUCUGGGAAGCUGUACAAACUUUGACCAGAACAUCUCAGACCAUAUGGACUGGCUCAGCAGAUGAGCUAAUACACACUGGUGAUUUUUGUCGCUCACUUCCGAGUAGGGUAGCACUUUUUGUCUGCAAAAAUCUUUCAGAGGAAAGAAUGUGGUUUGAACAUCUUCUCACCACAACUCUCACUCGUCACAUUUCCCAUGCAUUGAUUUUUGUAUCUGAGAGAUCGUUCCUGUUUAAUCUAAAAUGGUGUGUGUGUUUGUUUAAUUAGCAGAUUAGCUUCGUCAUGACCAGAUUAUUGGGUUUUGUGCUCCCACUUUGGGUUUGUUCCAUGUCUGUGGUUGUGAAAGUAGUCGUUUUAAUUCAAGCAUGAGGAAAAAAAAAAAGAAAAGUUUGUUUGUCGGGGUCUCUUAAGGAUUCAUCCCUUUUUGAUGAUUUUGAAUUUUAGGGAUGAUUAUUAACUUUAACGAGAGCCUGCUCUAUAAUAUCUUGGGGUGAUUUUUGCCCAUUUGUAUACAUAUGUAAUGUAAACAACAAAGGGGUGAGGGCUGGGGCCAGGGGUGGGGGGUUCUUCUGCAUGAGUGGAGGUCAGUGGUUUUCUCAUUGCCAACUUUAACUCUGCCUCCCUGAUAUUGAAAUGUUUACUGAGAUCAAGGGCUAAACCAGUCAUUGUCUGCGGACACAUAAACGUCCCCCCGUCACCGCGGGGGCUCGUCUGCUGCCGGAGCCUCACUCUCCAAGAUCCUCCAUCCGGACAUGGUCGGACUUGGAUGUGAAUGUCCUUUAACCUUCUGGCAGAACUCGUGUUUAACAGUCGCUGAUCGUGUGACUCAAUGUUUGUUUUGCUCAAUGCUACGACUUUCCCUGGAGGUGUGUGAUGCAACGACCUUUCAGUCGUACUCUUUCACAUAACUAGUUUGUGUCAAAUCAUGGUUGAGAUCGGAGUUUUUGUUGGACUCCACCGUUCACAAGGCUCUCUGACGUGGCAACAGUCACUUGAGCCUACACCAGGGGUGUCGAACUCAUGUUGGUUCAGGGGCCACAUACAGCCUGAUUAGACGUCAGGUGGGCCGGACCAGUACAACCAUAACAUAAUUACCUAUAAAUAACCUUAAGUCCAUGUUUUUCUCCUUUGUUUUCAAGCAAAUCAUUUCAAGUUUAUUAGAAAGUCUUCAUAUUUAGUGAAAUAUAAUUGGACAAAACAUCACAAACAUUAAGUGUUUUUUUCACUUUCAAAAUUCAUCAAGUGGGCCAGAUUGAACCCCCCAGCGGACCAUUUUUGGCCCCUGGACCAUAUGUUUGGCACACCUGGCAUACACUGUGUAAAGUACAAUGGGAAGGAUAACUGAGGAACACUGUAUUUGUAUGUUAGUGUCAUGAGGGCACGGUUUCUCACUCUCUCAGGGGCAUCUUUAACCAAGCAGUGCUAACAGAUGUUUGACCUGUCUGUCUGUCUGUGUCUCGUCCAUAGACCGUUUAUAAGAAAUGGAUGCAUUUAUCAAAACCCAGAAAUCCAGAAACCAGUCCACCAAACCAUCCAAUCUGGCCCACCACUGUAUUCCAAAAUUAAUGUCAAAUAUAUAUAUAUAUAUAUAUUUUUUUUUUGGUGAGUGUCCGAAAUAAAUGUGCCAUGCGACAAAUAUAGUUGGCGACCCCUGAUCUACACUGACAGAUGCAUGACAACGAGCUGGUCUGUCUGUAUCGAUUUUUGCAAGGAAAUCUCUAUGACGACCCCAGAAAACAUGACAUUGUUGCAGGGCUUCAUCCAUUUCUUAUAUAGAGUCUAUGAUGGUAUCAACCAAAGCAGUCAAAGGAAUGUUUGUGUGUCUGUCUUUAUUUUAUUUUUGCAUCACACACCUCUUUGUCAAUAGUUCGUAAUUAAACUAGGCUAUGCAAAAAAAAAAAAAAAAAAUAUA